GUGGUCACUGGAGGGAGGAUGGAUGAGAGCAGGUACGGCAGCCACCACAGACUCUGCAGCCCUGGUCCUUCCUGACCACACGGAUUGUGCAGCUGAAGACCUUGAUUUUCCUUCCACUUGGAGAGAAAAAUCACCUCGUUGCUCUGGCAUGAGUGGACCGUGUACAGAGGAAUUCAGGGGCACAGGUGAGGUUUGUGCUGCUCGUGGAGCUGCAGGCACAGACAGCAGAUUUCUGAGCUUGCCCUUAGACCUGCACACAACCAGGUACACCCAGAUUUUUCCACAUCUGCCUCCUUGCUUUUUUUCCCUCCCAUACUUUUCCAUGUUCCCAGAGAAAUCAGAACCUGAAUGUCUCUUGCCUCAAACUCUGCAGUUACAAGGAGAAAUGAGAGGGACUGGGAGGACAAUUUCAGCGAGCUGGAGGGUUUGGGUGGUUGUAGAUGUGGCACGAGCAGGCAGCAGAACACAACACCCAGAGGAGAAGGGAGGAAGGAGAGAAAACCCGACACACAUUCUCCGAAAGAAUGUGGCAGAGAGCAAGGAAACAGAGGAAGGAUUCACACUGAUGGAUUUCCAACCCAGGGGAAUAAACCAGAAUGGUUCAACAAACGCAGAAACCAGAAGUGCCGUGAGAGGAGAGGGAAGCAGGCGCUGUCCGCAGCUGCAGCAGCUGCCCUGAGAGCCAGAGCCAUGGGAAGCCACAGAGCAUCAGUGGGGAGAGCACCUGAAGAAGUGCAGAAGGAAGCAGCAGGCUCUCUGUGAGCUCCCAGCUCCAGGUAACCACCAUGGAUUCUUGCAGGAUACCUGCAAACGCCUCCAAGUGCAGCGGGAACACCAUGGAGUGCUUCAUGGUGCUCAGCACACAGGCACAGAAAAUAAGCAUUGGCAUCCUGUGUGGCCUCUUUGGGACAAUGUGUGUUUUUGAGAACUCUCUGGUGCUCUACCUGAUUUUCUCAUCCCCUGGGAUCAGGAAGAAACCUUCCUACCUCUUCAUCGGCAGCCUGGCCCUGGCUGACAUCCUGGCCAGCAUCAUCUUUGUCUGCAGCUUCGUGAACUUCCACGUGUUCAACGAGGUUGGUUUCUCCAAGGAGGUGUUCCUGCUGCAGCUGGGAGGGGUGAACACGUCCUUCUCUGCCUCCCUCAGCAGCCUGCUGCUCACAGCCCUGGACCGCUACAUCUCCAUCAGCCGGCCCUCGGAGUACAAGCUCCUGAUGACCAGGAAAAGGGCCUGGACAGCCCUGGCAGUGCUCUGGGUCACCUGUGCCACCAUUGCUGGCCUGCCCCUGCUGGGCUGGAACUGCUGCACGCUGGAUUCCGCCUGCUCCGAGCUGUUCCCCUUUGUGGAUGACAAUUACCUGUCGGGCUGGGUCUGCUUCGUCGUGGUCCUGCUGGGCUGCAUCGUCUACGCCUACGCCCACGUGCUCUGGAGGGCUCGCCAGCACGUGGCCUACAUGGAGAAGCACCAGGCACAGGCAGGGAAGCAAAACAGCCGCAUGAGGAUGGACGUGAUGCUGGCCAAGACCCUGGCCAUGGUGGUGGCUGUCCUCAUGCUCUGCUGGUCCCCCGUGCUCGUGCUGAUGAUCUACAGCAUCUUUGGCAGGCUGAGCGACCGCCUGCGCAAGGUGUUCGCCUUCUGCAGCACCCUCUGCCUGCUCAACUCCAUGGUCAACCCCAUCAUUUACGCCCUACGGAGCAAGGAGCUCUUCUCCUCCCUGAGGAGGGUGUGGUCCCACUUCAGGAGGCAGCUGAAGGCCCCUGAGGAGAGCCCAGAAGCAGAGAGCACCCACAAGUCCUCCGUGAUAGAGACCAUCUGCGAGGACACGCACGCCGUGUAGGGAGGCACCGGUGGGAGAUCCACCCACUCAGCCUGGCAGGAACAGUCUGCAUCACUUUUCCUUCUAUUUUCUCUUCUGGUGGGAGUUGAGGGAUCAGCUGUGAUGUGGAGAUAGCUCCUGCUGAUGUCACCCUUCGAUGCUGGGACAUGACAUGCACAGACUUUGCUCUCAGGUGCGGGUUGGGAUUGUUGGGGUGUCCUGUGCAGAGCCAGGACUGGAUCAUCCUUGGAGUGUCCCUUCCAGCUCAGGAUAUUCCAUGAUUCUGUGAUAAUCUCCCACCAGGGGAGGUUCAGGUUGAGCAUCAGCAGGAAUUUCUUCAUGGAAAAACUUUGGAAGGGGCUGCCCAGGGAGGUUUGGAGUCCCCAUCCCUGCAGGUGUCACCUGGACAUGGCACUCAGUUCUCUGGGCUGGUGACAAAGUGGGGACUGGGCACAGCUUGGACUCAGUGGUCUGGGACGGCUUUUCCAACCUCUUACUGUGGCUUAAGGACUUGGCCAGAGCUGGGGCAGACAGGACCUUGCAGGCAGCACAUUUUUUCCAGCAGAUUUCAGGAGAACUGACCAAACCACGGGUGUUUGUUGGAUGUUGUGUGAUUAAACAUACGAGCCAUUUUCCAGGAUUUUCUUCCUUUUCUUUCCUGGUGUGCAACGUUCUCCAGGUGACAAGUUUAAGCCCAAACUGGGGCAGAUACUUUGAGCAUGAGGAACUUGAUUUGGGUUGUUUUUCUGCAAAUUACACAAAAGCAGCACUUUUAGCUGAAUGGACAAUGAAGUGGGACAGUGCCCUUCACCAGUGACCUGGAGCAGCUGGGCUCCUGCCAGCUCCCAAAAUGCCUCCAACACGGAUGAGCCUGGCUGGGGCAUGGCCACGAGGCCCUUGCACUCUGCCCUGUGUCCCAGAGGAUGCACUGCCCCGGCUCCCCAGGGAAUGGGCACAGCCCCGAGGCAGCAAGAGCCCCUGGAGCCUUUGGACAACACUCCAGGGAUGCACAGGGUGGAUUGCUGGGGUUAUCCCUGAUGUCCCUCCAUCCCUCCCUGGGAUAUUCCCCGAUUAUUGGGGUUAUCCCUGAGGUCCCUACAUCCCUUCCCAGGAUAUUCCCUGGUUGUUGAGUUAACCCCAGUGUCCCUCCAUCCCUCCCCGGGACAUUCCCCGCCGUGCCCGCGGGUAGCGGUCGGGCCGCAGCCUCGAACCCGCGGCCCCGGGGAGCCGGGCUG